GGCCGCGCGCGCAGACCCGCCCCCGCGCCCGCGCAAUGGCGCCGAUUUCAAAUCCACCAAUGGGAGCGCAGCGGGACCAACGGCUGCUCGGCCGCUGCAAAGAUGGAGGAUCGGGGGGACUCCACCUGUAAUAUUGUGAUCAGCACUGAACCAUCGCAUCACAGUAAGCCCAUCAUAUUUGACCCGGACUUCUUUGUGGAAAAACUUCGUCAUGAGAAGCCAGGGGUGUUUCUCGAGCUGGUGGUGAGCAAUCUUACCCGUCUCAUUGACCUACCUGGCACAGAGUUUGCACAGCUCAUUGGCGAGGAGGAGCCCAAGUUACCUACCAACCAUGGAUUCUUCCGCUCCUUCAACUUCCUGAAACGCAAAGAGAAGGGAGUUGUGUUUGGAGCUCCGCUGACAGAAGAGGGCAUUGCUCAGGUUUAUCAGCUCAUUGAAUAUCUUUACAAACAUCUUCAUGUGGAGGGCCUGUUUCGUAUUCCUGGAAACGCCUUGCGGCAGCAGUGCCUGAAGGAAGCCUUAAACAGCGGAGUGGACAUCGAUCUGGACGCUGGGGAAUUUCAUCCAAACGAUGUAGCGACUCUGCUGAAAAUUUUCCUUGGGGAACUUCCAGAUACACUUCUCAGUCACAGGCAUUACAAUGCUCACCUCAAAAUCGCAGGUCUGAUGGUGUUUGACACCAAGGGGAAGCGGACCGUCCCUGACAAGGAGCGUCAGAUUGAAGCGCUCCAGCUGCUCUUCCUGUUGCUGCCGCCCGUCAGCCGCAACUUGUUGAAGCUGCUCUUGGACCUGCUUUACCACACCGCCAAGCAGCAGGACAAGAACAAGAUGACCGCCUCCAACCUGGCACUUAUGUUUGCCCCACAAAUUUUCUGGCCAAAGAAUAUGGUCGUGGCUGACCUCCAAGAGAAUAUCACCAAGCUCAAUAACGGAGUGUCUUUUAUGAUUAAACAUUCUCAGAAGCUUUUUCGGGCACCAGCGUACAUUCGAGAACUCGCCAGGCUGCAAUUCACAGGAUCCAGAGUUGCAGUUUCCAAGGAUGACCUGGACCUGCUGCCCGUGUCAAACUGCCCGGCCUUGCUCUCGGUGAAGGUGGCGAAGCGGACCCGGCUGCACUCGGUAUUGAGACGUGAAGAUACGCAGCAGCGGACGGAGGAAGCCCUGCAGGAACUCUUUAAACAUGUCAGCAAUAUGCCGGACUCUGCCAAGAAGAAGAAGCUUGUGAGACAGUUUAAUAAAAGCUCGGCUGCUGGAACUCCUGAUGGAUUUGCUUCGCCCAGAACCAAGAAACACGUGCGCUCCCGGACAUUUGGAGGCCUCAUUAAGCGUAAAGUGCUAGGUGGUCAACAUGUCCCAGACAGGACGAGCCAAAUCCCAAUAGCUGGUGCGGCCACGCUGAGCUGUCAACACCAGGCUGCGCAGUGCAAGGAGAACCUGGCUCAGAGGCCGCUGGAACUGAUGUCAUUGCAUCUCAGUCACAACCGAUCCAAGUCGACAGAUGAGAUCCUCGAUGAGAAGGAGUCGCAGAGAGGGAAUCGAAUGCGGCUGGAGUCGGCAAUUUAGCCUCGGUGUCGCUCUGACGGCACCGUGGAGAUUCGCCCGAGAGCGUCGGGACAACCACUAAUGGACAGAAUUGUUGAGUGUUUACAGUGACUUUAUAGCAGUGGUUCCCUGUGGAAAGAAACUGGUAAAAUUUUAAACAAUCUGGGAUGAAACUGGCUCGAUUGAAUGUCAAGAGACUGGAUUGCUGGUUGAAAGGCUCAGCUGGGAUGCACGGAUUGGGUAGGAGUGACAGAGGUAAGCUGGUGGAGGUGGUGAGUGAAAGUGAUUUGCUGGUUUGCAUUUUAGUUUUAAACUUUUUAAUAAUGGACUGUCAGUACAUUGGAUGCUUCUGUCCACAAUACUCCAACUCCUUUCAUAAGGUGUUUAUACUGAAAAAGGACGAAAACAUCCUGGGUAUGGUUUACCUAUGCGAGGGCUGGCUCUGGCGGCAGAGGCCUGGCAGUGUUGGGAAGAGAAGCAAGAUUGUUCUGUCACAAAGGGUCAGGAUUGCAGCUAGUGUGAAGAGGGUCAAGGGGUAGCAUGGGGUCAACAGUUACAGACAUUGCCCCACAGCCACCGUUGGCUCGGUUAUUUGGGGAUCUCUGUCUUGUGUUGUGAGAUUGUCCUGCUACGUUUCCCAGUCUGUCCAGCCUUGCCCAGGUGUACUGCAUGCUACUGGUAACGGUUUGGAUCCUGAGUGUUGGUUCCUCGGACCUCUGUCUGGGGUGUGGGGGGUGGUUGCAGCUGGGAAGCAUGGAUCAGUCUGCUGGAUGUUCUGGUGUCUAUCAGUGUGAGAAAGAGUGGACAGUGAGGUCAAGGAAGGGGUCGGUGCUGGAUGCAUGGGCGGGUAAAGGUCAAGUAAUGGAAAGUAAAUGGUAGGAUUCCAUUCAUAAAAUACUCGUCUAUAUUUUACUGAACAUGUCUUUUCUGAAGGUGCUUGACUAAUGUUUAUUGUAGUAACCUGGUCCAGAACCAAUCUCUUGCUUUCUAAGUAUUCCCUACUAAUGCAAUUUUAAACCUGUUAAUGUGACUUGCUGACUCAAUGUCCGGCAGGAGGGUGAAUCUUGUGCCCCUUCCGUCCGACACCUCUCUUGGUCUUGGCUAGGACUGAGCAAGCUUACUUUGGCCGAGGCAGGAUGGGCAAUGGUGUUCAGUUAAACUGCACUGUGCCAUGCAUGGGUGUGACACUCUGUUGUUCAGGACUGUGUGAUGUUUAAUGCCUUUCCCAACUGAACUCACACCAGUUCAAUUCCAACUGUGAUUGUGUCAAAUAGCUCCAAGUUAAUGUGAACCUUUUGUACUGUGAGUGGCUAAUGCCCACACUUUUACCACUCUUGUGCUUGUAUUUAUGUAUAAUAUAAAUGUUUUGUUUGUUAUAUUUUUGCAUUACAUGUACAAUAAUCCCAUUUAUGGCCAUGGUGAAAGUUUCGAUCACU